GUCAGGUUCGACUCGGUUUGUGCUGUCCGACGGGUCUCGAUCGACAGUCGUCCACACGAAGUCGAUACAUUCAGGUGUGAAAUAGUAUUAAAUCGGUGAACAAUAUGGUAACAACAAUAUCACCGGAAAAAUGAGGUUUUAAGGAGAAUAAUAAUAAUAUUAUGGAUCCCCCGAGGAACGAACCAUUCGACUACAAUUAGAACAAACGCUCAAUAAAUGGGAAAUACAAAUCCCCUUGUGUGAGUAAUUCCGGAAAAAUCCAGGAAUUAAAAUGUUGAGUAACUGGAUCAUCGGAGUGUUCCUGAUUGUGACGGUGGGGGGUACCCUGGACCCGGCUGGUACAAAGUGCGGGCAGAAGAGGUGCACAACCACUGAAUACUGCAGUCCUUAUGACACCCAGUGUCGACCCUGCACAGCAGCUUGUGACACCUCGAGUCACAAUUAUCAGCCGGAGAUCUGCGUCAAAGACUGUCAGGAGUUCCUCCACGAUCAGAGAUACGUUCUUCGUCGAGAGUUGGGAGGGGACAGCGUCUCCAGAGGUUCUGGACAAACAACAGAGAUCCGAAUUGCGCUAGUUCUCUCUAUAAUUUCAUUGGUCGGUGUGAUAUGUCUCUAUCUGUGGACAUUUGUGAGAGGGAAGAGAGUGAAGGGCGCGUGGAAAAAAAUUUGUGGAACGAAGUGGACAAAGAAAAAAAUAAACAACAAUAAAAUACGAGAUGAUGUCGAGGCAGGUCCUACUAAACAACAAAAUGUCCUGAAGUUGACAAUGCCAACGAUAAGCAGAUCAGUGGCAGCUGCUAGUCAAGGAAAUGGUACCAAUGUCAGUACCUCCAGUACUCCCAAUACCACGAGUACUCCAUUGUCCAGGCGACAUCCCAGUGAAGACACCACGCUGGACUACGCCUACGAUAAUCCAGCUAUGACACCAAGUCCUGAGACAGCACCAGCUAAAGUCAAGAAGGAAAGUUCGUUCUAAUAAUAAUUAUAAACAAAUAUUCACCAGACUGGAGAGUCUUCUCGAGAUUUUGGAUUUUUUAAAGUUGUCCUUGAGGAAGACAUUCCCCUGUUUUUAUGAAUUUACUGCAUUUUAAAUUUUGAGAUUUUGAAGUUUGUCGCUAUUUUAAUCGACUUUUGAACGUUUGGAAAUGUUCUUCAGCUCUGGAACUUGAAAGAUUUUUUAUAUUUAUGGAAAAUCGGUCAAUUGAUCGAGGGAUUUUCAGGGGGAGUUGUAACAUCGUCUUUUUUGGAAAUUUUUGGGAUUAAACACUUCAUCUGGGGGUUAAUUAAUCGUUUUUACUAAUAGCACGACUGUUCUCCACAUUCGUGAACCGUGCGGCUGUGCGACUUAAUCAAUAUUAAAUAAAUUAGUAGCCCUUAGAACAUUAUUAAUUAAUUUGUAAAUGCAGAAAAAGGUGGUUCACACGGAGAGAAAAGUUAAGUAAAAAUUGUCGUGAAAGUUGGGAUAGAUUUCCGUUUUUUCAAUGUUUUUAGUGAAUAUUUUAUGGCUUAAGGUGAUUGUCAUGUAAAAUAUUUACUCAACAGUUAUUGUUUAAACUUUUAUGAGGAAUAGUUUAAAAAAAAAACUAGAAAAUGAUGACUUUCGGUUCGAGAUCGUCUGCUUCGAGGUAGAAAUAGAAAUUUUUGAAAUUUGGGUGACGUUUCACGGGUUUAAAGGGAUAUAAAUUAUUCAAAAAUCAACGACCCAAUGAUUUUUUUUAAUAACAAUCGAUGGAUUAAUUAGGAGUGGCUCAACAAAUGAUGAGUUAGGUUGACUAUAAAUUAUUAGAGUGACUGACAAUGAUUAUGUGUUGAUGACCAAAAUUUGAUUAACAAUGUGAUAAUCAUGUGACUCCAAUGAUUAAUCUAAUUUUCUUACGAUUAUCAGUAAUUACCACAGUCGUACGAAUCGUAAUUAGUUGAUCGUAGCUAGUGUUCAUGUUUUUUGGGAUAAUUUAUGUGGAUUGAAGGGUAAAUUUGAUAGUUUCUGUAGAAAUUACCCUCACAUUUGGUGAAUUUUCCGGAUUUGACGGAGUAAAAUUACCUAAUUAUCUCGUAAUUUUUCAUUGGAUAAAUUUCUCUUCAAUCGAAAAUUACUCCGAGAUGAUUUGUCUCGUCCGGUUAUUUUUCUUUAAUUUUUGUCUCCGUGUACCGCACCCCUAUAAUUACGCAGAGGGGAGGACGGGGCAAAAUAGACACUUUCAUAACAACAUAAAUCACUUUAUCAACAAAAAUAUAUAUACACGAAUUUUGUAAAUUAUUUUCUAGGAUUAUUUAUCCAUUUUAAUGAAUAAUGCAAAUCAUUAAUUAUUUUAUUGUUUCUUAAUUUUAAUUAAAACGAGAAAAAUCGUACUAAUCAAAAUAUCAACAUUUCUGAUACUACAAAAUAGUACAAAUUUAGUAUUAAAAAUUAUUUUAUUCAAUAAACAAUUCGAUCCAUUCAACAUCGAAAUGGCAGAACGAGAUAAGUCAUUUUUGACUUUACCUCAAAAUAUCUCGAGAUCCAUUGAAGAUACGAAAAUUUUCAUUAUGACCUUUUUUGUAGAGCGAAGUCAGCACUACAACAAAUGUCAUUACAAAAAUUUCGCUAUCUCUCUUAGAUUCCGAGAUAUCGCUCAAAAAUUCGGCUCAGAAAUAAUUCAACUAAUCACGUUUUACCACUUCGCUGUUGAAUAACAAAAUUGAAAAAAAUUUAUAAAAUGUCCAAAGCGUCCGUAUCACCCCAUUCUCCCCUAGUUCUACAUUUAUCGACUUAGUUUACACAACAUUCGAUACUGAGCCCUGGAUUUCCAGUGGCAAGUUUUAUUUCUUAAGUGUACGCGAAAUCCUUAUCAGCCAUUCCGUCCAUGAAAGGCCUUGAGUGCAAAUGCAGUGCAAUAAACGCAGGCUUUGCAUAGGUCGGUCACGUUUCACGAGGAAACGCGGUAAGAAAGCACAAAUGAUUGUAGCAUAAAAAAAAUUCAGAAAAAGGAACGAUAGAAUGGAAAUCGAAAAAAAAAUCGAGUUAGAGAUUUUGAUACGACGAGUGAUGAGAAAAAAAAUUAAACUGACAGUUGUCACUGUAAAUUGGGGUCAGAUACUGAGUCAGGAUCAGAAAUUAAUUCGAUUGUAGUCAGGAUUCAGCUGAUCAGGUUUUUCCUGAUGAGAAAUUGAUCAGGCCCUCAUCAGAUUAUAACAAUAAUUCUGUAUUCUAGAGUCGGAUAGACAAUUUUUCAGUGAAAAAGCGAUCGAUUUUUUUGUUUUGUUCAGUAAAAAAUUUGUCGACAAUUCAUUUCGCAAAAAGAUCGGUUGUAUAAAACGUUCUCAUUGGAAAAGUCUCAUAUUUUUAUUUUAAAAAAGCAAAAAAAUGGGUUUGAAUUAGAGGGAAAAGUCGAUUUGAAUCGAGCUGAAACAUCGGCUUAAAUCAGAUUAAAAAAUCGGUCUAAGAUCGACCUAAAUUAGGCCUAAAAAUCAGCUUCAAAUGGGCUGUUAAAUCGGCUUAAAUCAGACGAAAAAAUUACCCUGGAUCAGCCAGAAAAAUACAAUACAAAAUAUUAUUUUUCCUCAAAACUCACGAUCGGUAUCAUUUCCAUAAGAAACCAACCGAUUUGCUCAAUAAAAAAAAUUAUGUACAAAUAAUUUGCUCAAGAAAUCCAGCUCCAAUAAUUUUCACAAAUCACCUCGUUUCCUCUGCUCAAACUGACCGAUCUACUAUCAUAAAUCUUAUUCGAACUAGUACUAAAUAACUUUAAGGGUAGAAUAAUUUAUUAGUGAUACCACUUAUCGACGGAAGCAGUUAAUUCAGGAGAAAUAAUCUAAGAUUAAUUGUACAGUGACUUAAAUAUUCCCCGAUGGGUCUUCCGUCUUCCAGAAUUCAGGAUAUUAAUUGCCCCGUGGCAGCUAUUAAUUUUAAGUUUAUCUCAGCAGUAGAAUUCUGCCGUGAUUUUAAUCACCAACAAUUCAUAAUGAGUAUUGUUAAUUAAUCAAAAUAAUGACGAAAUCGUCGAGGUUUAUAAUAAAUGAGCGCUCGUUGUGUAUGCGAUGUAUAUUGUUAAUUGUAUUUGUUUUAAUUGUAUUUGGAAUCAAUGUUGGGUAUAAUUAAGUAUAAUUAUAUUUAAAUACUAUUUUUGGCGCUAAAUAUUAAAGUUUAGUGUUGACAAACGAUAAAAAUGCUGAAUAUCGAAAUAUUUAAGAUUUUUUAUAGCAAAAAAAUUAAUCUGCAUUGAAAUUAACUGAUGAAAUAUGGAGUUUUAAAGUUUUAUGAUAAUUUCUAAUUAAAAAUGAGUGAAUGACACUAAUGAACUUUAUUAAUCGACUAAUAGGCCUUUAAAAUUCCAGACGUUUCUAAUUAUCAAUUUAAUAUUGACAAUCGUUUCGAAGAAAUUCAUGAGCUUGACUUAAAUUAAAUCAAAAUUGUAAAUUUAUAGGCUUCGAUUUUUUUUAUACAUCGACACAUUAUGUUGAAAAAUUCUAAACUAAAUAAUUUACUAAUAACCCAACAUUAAUAACAUUAAACAAGAAACGGUUCGUUCAAUGCAGACGUCGAAAAAUUAGUCAGAAAAUCCUAGAACGCGUCUUUAAAUAUUAAGUAUUCAACAAUUUAGUAUUUAGUUUACAACUAAAUACCGAAUAAUAAAAUAUUUGGUAUCUAGUUUUGCGCUAAAUACCAAGUACUUUUUUACUUGAUGUUUAGAGAUGUGUUAAAUAUUAAAUGACAAAAUGUUUAGUAGUUUGAUUGAUCAUAAAUACAAAAUCCAGAAAUACUUAAUUACUUUGUUCGUUUACAAUGUAAAUAAUUCCGAUACUUCGAUAUUUAGUACGUGGAAAAUGUCGAGUCCGAAAGUAUUUAAAUAUUUAUGGAAUACUGUUCUGCCCAACAUCGCCUGGAAUGAAUGGGUUAUCGAGUGGAAAUUGGAAUGAAUGGUAUUGUUGCGCGUCAAUUAAUUGGUGCGUCCUUCCUGAUGAUUGAAAUUAAUUCAUUCGAGGGGUAAUUACUCCAUCCGUCCUUCGUUAAUUGUGAGUGCAAUUGAAUUAAAUAUUGUGGAUAAUGAAAAUUAUUGCUAUCCAAUAGCUCUUCAUGAUAGAAUUAUAAAAUAUCCAUAGUUGAAUAAUAAAUAUUAACUAUAUCACAAAAAUCAUCGAAUCGCUACAACUAAAAGCUUUUAUCUAGAAUAUUUUGAUUUGUUUUCUCUUUUUUUUAUUUUUAAGAACGAAAAAUGUUAUUAUUACGAUCGUUCCAUGUUAUUCAUAAUUAUUUAACCAUUUUUUAGGAUUAGUAUAGUAUAAUAUUGUAGUUAAAAGUAUAAAACUUAUUUUCCAAUGGAAUUUAAACCAUUACUAAUACCACCCGGCAUCACAUCAAUUGUUGUACAGCUCAUAAUUAAGUUAAAACAUUAACUAAGUUUAUGCCCGAGUUACACGUACUUUUAUUUCUAGCCAUUAAGUGCCUUCAAAAAUAUUAAAAAUUCAUGAGAAAUUUGUUAAUUCAAGUUGUCUAGAAUAAACAAACAAUUUUAUCGUGAAUUUCUCAUAGAGUUGUGGUUAUUGUAUUUGUAGUUGUCAUUUGUAAAAGAUUAUUUGUUGAUACGACGCAAUUGGAAAUUUUUUUGUAUAUAUUUGGUAAUAAAUAUUUUCAAACUGUAA